AUGUGUGUGCGUGCAGACCAGAGGAAUCUUGGGAUGUCGAUGUGGGUGGGGCGCUCGUCUCUGGAUCAGGUGAAGAAACGUUUUGAGGUGAACAAGAAGAAGAUGGAGGAGAAGCAGAAGGAGUACGACUUUGAGGAGCGAAUGAAGGAGCUGAGGGAGGAGGUGAGGAGGGAGAGGAGGAAGAGGACACGCCCCCUGCUGGACAGUAAAUGCCUGCCUGGCUGCCUGCCUGCCUGCCUGCCUGCCACGAAGGCCUACAAGAAGGAGAAGCAGAAGGAGCGGAAGCGUUGGGCGGAGGAGGACGUGGACUUUGAGGAGGACGCUGAGAUGGCGGCGGUGAUGAGUUUCUCAGGCUUCGGCUCGUCCAAGAAGAGUCACUGA